AUGGCGUCGACGCAAAUCCCAUCUAAGGAAGAGAGGGCUGAGGCCGCCGCCCGAGCCGCAGCCGACGAGCUCAGCCAGGCCAACCGUGAGAGGAGGGAUCGAGAGACCGUGGUCGUCGAGGGCGCCGAGCCCCAGCCGGGCGUCAUUGGCAGCAUAAUCCGCACCGUCCAGGGCGCCAAGGACGCCGUCAUGGGCAAAUCCCACGACGCCGCAGAAUACACGGCGGAGAAAUCCGGCGAGGCCAAGGACACUGCCGCUGGAAAGGCCGGUGAGUACGCCGGAUACACGAAGGAGAAGGCGGCAGAGACAAAGGACACUGUCGCCGGGAAAGCCGGUGAGUACAAGGACUACGCCGCCCAGAAGGCAGCGGAGAAGGACACCGUCGCGGGAAAAGCCAGCGAGUACAAGGACACGGCUGCCCAGAAGGCAGCUGAGACGAAGGACACCGUCGCCGGAAAAGCCAGCGAGUACACGGACUAUGCCGCCGAGAAGGCCAAGCAAGCCAAGGACACGGCUGCCCAGAAGGCAGCGGAGACGAAGGACACCGUCGCUGGAAAAGCCAGCGAGUAUACAGACUAUGCCGCCGAGAAGGCCAAGCAAGCCAAGGACUCGGCUGCUGAGAAGGCUAAGCAAACUAAGGACACGGCCGCCCAGAAGGCGGCGGAGACGAAGGACACUGUUGCCGGAAAAGCCAGCGAGUACACGGACUACGCGGCCGAGAAGGCCAAGCAAGCCAAGGACACGGCCGCCCAAAAGGCGGCGGAGACGAAGGACACCGUCGCCGGAAAAGCCAGCGAGUACAAAGACACGGCCGCUGAGAAGGCCAAGGAAGCCAAGGACACGGCCGCCGAGAAGGCCAAGCAAGCGAAGGACACGACUGUGGGGAAAACAGGGGAGUAUAAGGACUACACGGCGGAGAAGGCGGCAGAGGGAAAGGAUGUGGCAGUGGGGAAGAUGGCGGAGCUAAAGGACACGGCAGCUGGGGCCGCCAAGCGGGCGGUGGAAUUUCUGACAGGGAAGAAAGAGGAGACUAAGGAGACGAUGGCGGAGAGUCGCGAGACGGCCAAGGAAAAGGCGGAGCCGGCGAUGAAGAAUGUAGAGCAAGCUGUGGAGGCCGCCAGGGAGAAGUACGAAGAGGCCAAAGAAGAUGCAAGGAGGAAAAUAGAGGAACUGAAAAUGGAAGGUGAAAAAUCAAAGGGCGAUGCUGCUGGAAGGAGCUCCGGUGGACCCGGAGGAAUACUCGGGGCCAUAAAGGAGAAGCUGACCCCACAUCCGACGGCCGGGACGAAGGAGGAGGAGGAGGGGCAGCAUGGCAGUGAAGCCACGUACGGGCGGCGGAGGAUGGCCGUGGACGAGUACGGGACGCCGGUGGUGGUGACGGUGGAGGAGGGGGAGGUGAUGCCGGCAGAGGCGGUGGCCUCGGUGCUGAAGGAGGCGGAUCAGGAGGCGGGCCAGACGUUCAACGAUGUGGGCCCGAUAGACGAAGAGGAGGGAUCAGUGGUGGGGACACGCGUCCCGUCCGGGAAGAUGUGA